AUGACAUCACAGCUUGAUAAGCAGAGCGCAAAAAAGGUUGUGAUUAUGUUGGAGAAGAAUUUACCAAGAGUCGCUACUGAACCAGCUUACAGAAUUAUCACCGAAGAUGCCAAAGUGAGUGAUGAUGAAAACACAGAUUAUGAUGCUGAAGUUGGGAUUGACGGUGAUAAGUCUCGUGGUGCCUUCAAUCAUAGUAUCGUGUUGGAACCGAGAUUGGAGUAUGAGCUCGCGCUGCGACACAUAGAAAGGGAUAUAACCGAAACAAUGUAUAAUUUGAGCAGCGAAUUGAGCGAAGUUAUAGACCGAAAUACAACCAACAACCUGUCGAACAGUAUAAAUAAAGUUCUGGCGCGCUGCAAAGAGAAGAAACUAGGAAUUUUGAAUGACAUAAACAACUUACGCAUGCUGGACGGUUACAAUCGCUGGAGGGAGGAAGAGGCCAAGAAACUGGCGGAGAUGGUUCAACAUCAUAUCCAACGACUGCAGAGUCCAGAGAACUGCGAACGAGCACGCAAGUUGGUGUGUUACUUGAAUAGAGACUGUGACUUUAGCUGUCAGUUGCAUUAUUUGGUCUACUGCUUCGUAGUUUCUUAUGCCACAUAUCGCACACUUAUACUUAAAUCCGAAGGCUGGCGCUAUAACUCCUAUGGAUGGAAUAAAGUGUUUUUACCCAUCUCACCAAACUGUGUUUACGUCAGUCCCUUCGAUCGGAUUGUAAAAUGGCCAGGCCGCCAUUAUAGCCAAGUGAUGGCCCCACCCACGAUAGCGCCUAGUGGUGAGUACCAGCCCUAUUUGCCCCUGUCUCCUCCUCCCCAUCUGGCGAAGCGACUAAAUCGAUUUCAUGGUAAUCCCACUGCAUGGUGGGUGGGCCAGUUUCUGAAGUAUUUACUCCGCCCACAACCAUCAAUGCGUGACUUUCUCAUAUCAGGGAUCAGGAAUCUGAGCUGGCAACACCCCAUUGUUGGCGUAUUUAUUCAAAACUCCAACUUAGGCGGCGGCCUUGUAGAAUAUAUGACCUAUGUAGAGGACUACUACCGCAUGCUGGAGGGAAAUGGAACGCAACAGGUGCGACGCAUCUUCUUAGCCUCUGAUGAUGCACAAGUCAUCAACGGAGCUCGCUCGUUAUAUCCCCACUACCAGAUCAUCGGUGAUCCCGAAGUGGCAAAUGGGAUGUGGAGCUCUACCAAUGCUGCUUUGAACACCAUAAUCCUGGACAUAUACCUUCUGUCCAUCUCCGAUCAUCUGGUCUGCGCCUUUUCAUCGCACAUAUGCCGACUGGCUUACGAAUUAAUGCAAACUUUGCAUACAGAUGCGUCACAGCGAUUCAUGUCGGUUGAUCAAACGUACCAUUUCAACAUUAGUGAUAUUAAGACCCCCACAUGGACAAACAGAAAAAAAACCUGA